UUCAAGUUGGCUGAUCGGUAGCAUCGCCGAGAAGCUACCAGAAGGAAAACUUCUUGUGGUCUUUUCACAUACUGAGGGUUUUUAAUCAGAAAAGACUUCAAGAAGAUUUCUUUUAGCCGAUGGCACGGUCGAUCUGACUCUAUCCGUGUAAUUUAUCACGAAAUGACGCAGGGAAAGAACCGGCGUGCUGUAUUUCAUUCAUUCAUUGCAUCAUCCUCUGAUAUUACUGGUCACCUCUGGAAGUAUAAACAGGAUCAUUAUUCGUCAUGUUUAGAACCUGAAAGAAUACAGCGGAUGAAACUACAAACACAGUAUGGACGUGGUUGAGAAAUACGACUUUACCAAAAAGAUUAAUUCUCCUAAAAGAAGGCCAAGUGUAAUUUCGCCCCAGGAAUUAGUAAAUACUCUGUGGCAUCGUAGUCACGGAAAAAUCGUAUACAAACUUGUUCAAGCUUGCGAAAACAGUGUAAAAGGUACACAAUAUCAAACGAAACUUGCAAGAGACUUAAAUAAAAAAGAAGUAUGUUGGAUCAAAUGUUGGUGACAUUAAUGGAAGGCGCCUUUGUAUGCGUCGGAUUUCCUUAUGUGGUAAAAUUGUGCAGGAACGUGUAUGGUUCGUGGCUGAAAGGAACAGACAUGCAUUUUUGCAGACCUGCAAUACAAAGCAAGGUUCCCAACCUAGACACAACUGAAGGAAAGGUGGUAACUGCUGGGCAAGUUUUAUCCACUACUACGAUCAAUGGUUUAAAGCCACAUGUGGAAAACUAUAUCUCUCCUAUACAUUUUCAAAGUUAUUGGCAAUUCUUUUCAAAUCACUCUGGAGCAAACACACUGCAAACAUUUUGGGGUAGUAGCUUUGGUGAAACAAAGUUGGAAAACUCUGUGCAGAAGUCUAUGCAGCACAGGUCAAAGAAAACUGAGGCAACGAAUAUGGCUGCUUGCCCACUAAAGAAGGUGAAAGAUUUUUACUGUCAGUUCAAAUCAUCCUCCAAUUUUCCAGCUUGUCCUGAAGGUGAACAACACUGCAACCUGAUGGAGAUUUCAAACAUUUCCAUGAGAGAUGACAUUUUAUACAAAGACUUUAGUGAGGCUCAGACAGAGAGGGAAUCUAAAGAAGCAUCAUUCUUGGUGUUCCCUGAUGUGAUGUGUGAGGAUAGUGAUGACAAGGAUGAACUGAAUUUAUUUGUUAAUGACUGCAUCUACAAUGAAGAUGGUCAGCUUGUGCGCAUGUUUAUCUGUUUUGGUAUUGAGCAGUCUGAUACAUCAAGUGUUCUACCUUCCAGUGAUUCUGGUUGUACUGACUGGGAUUCUGACUGUGAGGAUUUUGUGAUAUUUGACAGUUCAUUUACAGGCGAGGGAAACUGUUGUACGAGGUUUGAUUUUGUAUGUGAUCAAUAUGAACUUCCCACCAAAAGUGAAACUGUACUUCAGUCACCAAAAAUGUACUGUGAAGUUUCAGUAAUGGAUUCAGUUGAUAUCAAACUGGAUUUAGUUAUUCAGGAAAUGGUGCAACAUAACGAGUAUUACACUUCUGAAAAGCUGAUUCCGAACAGAGGGAGUUGUGAAGAGACAGAGAUAAAGAGCAACAAGGAUUUCAUUUUUAGGAACAUAGCUGGUCAAACUGUGUCUGGCAAUAAAAAGAAAAAGAGAGUUUGCUUUAAGCCUGAUAAUGAACUCACUGUCAUUCAUCCAAUGAUUGUCUGGAGCUUCGCUUACAAACAAGCUCGUAAAGGAACCUGGGAGAUGGAAGCCUUGGACCGACUUCGUUUUCAGAAGAGAAUUAGAGACCUUGAUGAAAUCUUAACUCCUGUUUUGCUGGCAAAGAUAGGAAAUGCUAUUUAAUCCUUAUAGUCAUAGCUUGUUGUGCUUACAAAAUAUCUACUCAUGCAUUUCAUACAUUUUGAUAUAAACUAUGGUCACUCUAAUAAAUUAUGUAGUAUCUAAUUUCUUGGUGCAUGUGAGAUUCAUUUUUUUCAAUUCUGUUAGCCUAUUUUAAGAAUUAGCAGAGCUGUUUAAGUCAUCAUUUACAUUUUUAAUGUGUUUUGAUGCUGCUGUAAAAAUUCUCAAAUCUUAUUUUCUCAAAAAAAUGUGUUUGACCAAUUAAUACCAGCUUUUUUUGCUACUUGAUCAAUCAUAAUACUAGGGGGGAGUUGGAUGAGUUGUAAUGAAUGAAAUAAUUAUUUAGGCAUUAGCCUAAAUAGGAUUGUGAAGAUUGUUUGUUUGCAUUAGCUUGAAAAACUCUGAUAAAAUAUGGAAGGCUAUUUUUUUAACAUAACAUCCAUUGAAAGAAAAGUUAAUUUUCUUUGUGUGCUCUGUUCCUCAUUGUUAUAGGAUGAAAAUUUGUGACAAAAUAGAGCAAUUAGGUAAAUAUUAUUUUUAUUGAUCUUUAAUUAACUUUUAUUGAUAAUAUCUUCAAGGCAUUACUUACCAUGUCAAGGGUACACAUAUUUGUUAGAAUCCUAGUGUGAAGACUAUGAAGAGAGUAGCAAGGGGGAGUCCUCCACAAAUUUUAUUAAAAUUCAUGUAUCAUGUGUAUCAAAGGGAAAACUUCAAAUUCCUCUUUUUGUGCUAGCGGUUUCAGGGAAAUCUUGAUCUUUUCACAAAAUGAAAGAAGAAUUGACUGGUCACAUAUAUUUUAGGAGGGAAAUCAUGCCUUAAAAAUUCAGAAAUCGCAAUUAGCUUUCUUCAAACUUUGCAUGUGGCAUGUUAAUUUUGCACACUUUUAUAUCUGACAAUUUUGAUUAUGCUGCCAGAGUAUUACAAUAAGUAAGACCUUAGAAUAAAAGAGUCUUUUUUCCCACACCACUUCAUUUUGUAAUUCAUUUAGAUCUCUUCUUGGUAAACUUGCAUGGUAAUAAUUAAAUAGGUACAGAAAAUAGAGGAAA